UCAGUGCUCGUCCUCUCCGGGUCGCGCCCUCUGCCGACGUAUGGUGGCAUUACAGCAGUCAAACAUGGAGGUGACUGCGGCUCGCCGUUCGUUUCUUUGCGACAUUGGUUUCUGGGCAGACCACACUGCCCUGCACAUGGCCGCCUCUCAGGGCAGAGUGCUACAGCUGAAGCAGCUGAUUGAGGGCGGAGCCUCAGUCAACAUGGUAACGGUGGACAACAUCACUCCUCUCCAUGAGGCCUGUCUGCGGGGUCACCUGACGUGUGCGCGGCUGCUGCUGGAGGCCGGCGCUCAGGUGGAUGUACGCACCAUCCACGGCAGCACCCCUCUCUGUCACGCCUGCAGCUCCGGCAGCCUGGAGUGUGCCGAGCUGCUGCUGGAACAUGGAGCCAACGUUAACCCGUCCCUCACAGCUCUGACCGCCUCACCACUGCAUGAAGCCUGCAUCCACGGUAAUGUCGAGGUGGCAAGGUUGAUGAUAGCCAGCGGUGCCCAGCUGGAGGCGUACGAUGUCCACUUUGGUCCACCGCUCCACAUCGCAUGUGCUAAAGGACACGUGGGCUGUGUCAGGGAGCUGCUUAUUGCAGGUGCAAAUGUGAAUUCAGUGAAGUUCCACGAGACAGCGUUACACCACGCGGCACAAAUCGACAGCGUGGACAUGAUCGAGCUGCUGAUAGAGUUUGGAGCCAACGUGCAAGCCAGCGACAACGUGGAUAGAAAACCUGUGGACUACACCACGCCUGAGACCCCUUCACACUCCUGCCUUCUGUAUUACCAAAGUCACCCUCUGAGUCUUCAGCAGCUGUGUAGGAUCACAGUGAGGAAGACGCUGGGCACCAGAGCCUCAGAGGCCAUAGGUCAGCUGACCGUAUCCCGCCGCCUCCACAGCUACCUGCAGUACUGUGACCAUCCCAUAUCACCACGGAGCAACACAUGAGUGGAUUCCUUCACUGGCAUUAGAGACUGGUGUUAUAACAUUUUAUUUAUUUAUUUUAUUUUAUUUUUUUAAAGCACCAUGUCGGUUGAUACUUUAAAGUGAUAGUUCAGGUUUUUUGAAGUGUAGUCGUUUGAGGUACUUUACUGAGGUGAACUAUCAAAUAUGGAAUGUAACAAUAUGAAAACAUGCAAACAAGCACUUAUUCAAAUCACAGUGUACAAAGGGGGUAUAGGUGAAAUGAUAAAUAUUAUGAUAUGGGACAAAUUGAACAUAAAGAAGUUUAUGGCAAGGAGACGUUGGACAGACUGCUCAAAAUGAUUGUGGGUCAAAUGUUCUAAAUUUAGUCCAACAAAAAAAAACUGAACUAUUCCUUUAAAUUAUAUUAAUCAAAACGAUAUCAGUUUAAUUAUAUAAAGUGGUUAUUCUGAUAUUAUAAUGUUAAACAAUAACAUGUUUUAUUCUGACAAAGAAUAAAUGUUGCAUUUCU